AUGGGCGUCUAUUCAGGGGGCUCAGGCUCUGCCGGUAAUAAUAUGGCGACAGCAGUAUGUCAAGCAACACAAGACCGAUUGCAGAAGCACGUCGCGCGGUAUUUUUCGGAAGCUUUGCAGGAGGUACUCGAGUCCGAUGAGAGCAGUGAUGAAGAAGAGAACGACAAAGAGAUUGGUAAUGGAGGCAGGGAUGAUAGUGAUGAAGAUGAAGACAGCAGAACUAGCGGAAGUAUCUCACUUCGAACCUUACACAUACAGAUUGUUCGUCUUGCCGAGGCUGUUCCGUCCCUCCUAACAAGUGUCAUACCACAGUUGGGACCUGAACUCGAGUCUGAUUCCGUUCCUGUGCGCUUGCUAGCAACGCGCACUUUGGGCAAACUAUUUUCAAUGCCGCCGUCGGGUGCUUCAGAGAGUUUUGCUUCGCUACACCCGCAUGUGUGGAAAAUGUGGCUUGGUCGUGCUGUUGAUAAACAGCUGUCUAUCCGACUUUGUUGGGUUGAGUACGCAAUAAAAUCGCUUGUGCAACAUACAGAACUUGAAACAGCCCUGAUACCUCCUCUUGUGUCGCGGGCUGUGGAUCCUGACGAGCAUGUACGAGCAAGACUGCCUGAGCUGAUUGCGACACUAGACUAUGAAAUGCUGCGCGAUUGCGUCCCACUCAGAUUAUUCCGAGAAAUUGGACAACGCGGAAAGGAUCGUCGAAGGAUAGUAAGGGACCGGGCGCUAGAUGCUCUAGGCCGCACUUUUUCAUUGGCAUACGCAGAUUCUGACGAGUCGACCUUAUAUGAAAAGUUUAGCUGGAUCCCAGGCGUGGUUCUUAGCUGUCACCUCACUGGUUCUUGUGAUGUUACGCGCAGUGUUAUUCGCUCGUGGGAAACAUUCAUCGUGCCCGUAAGUCAACCUGAUGUAUAUGCACGACGACUUUACCGUGUAUCGUGUUUGCUGGAUGAAAAUGAGCAUACGAUUCUUUUGCACCUAACAAAUCUGCGCCUGCCCCGACCCACAGCAUUUGAUAUAUAUGCGAGCUGCUGCGCAGGCGAUGACCCAUCGCGAUUGUCGUCAUGCAUUCGGGCCAUCACAGCCCUGUUGAAUGAUUCGAAUGCCUCUGAAACGCUUGCGGCUUUUGCCAGCGAGCCAGAUGAAAGUGUCGUUGAAUCGAUGCGAAUAUGCUAUGAUUCUGACACACCGCUAGAUGUGAGCGUUAACACACGUCACAAAACCACCGCGUUUCUCAGAGAGACACGACCUGGUUCGGCUGAUAUCCUGUCUGCCUGCCUCUACACAGGCUCAUUCCCUAUACUCAAUGUCUCGUGUAUUCAGCCUUUGCUGGAACUGCGUGCAAAGAAAUUGUUGACGUAUGUGGCAAAACAUGCUCCUUUCCUAUUACAGCCGUACACUCGUGUCAUUGAACGGCAAGCACUCCGAGACAGCAAUGAUACACUAGCGAUCGAAUUGCUUGCCGCACUGGCUGUGUAUUCAAACAAUAACAGUGAAAGUGCAGCAGACUUUGAGUUGUCAGAGACACUUCUGGAUCAGCUCUGCGGGAGCUGCGUUUUUACUUCGUACGCAACAGCCAAGCUGAUUGCAUGCGUGGCACCCGAGCGUGUGCCGCCACUCAUCCCAACGAUCCAAAAGCACAUCGAGUUAGGCUCUUCGGAGUCUUGUGCUGACGCUUUAGAUGCUUUGGCUGCAUGUCUUGAGUAUGCGAGAGAGAUACUUGUACCAUUCGUCGACACGAUUAUGCAAAAUAUCCUACAUCGCUUGAUUCUCGCGCCAUGGACAGCCAAUAGCGAUGACAAUGAGGCCCUGAUGGACACAGACUGGAUCGAUGAAGCACAAUUACCAGUCGCACUGCGCGCGCGUCUUGGUGCUCUGCGUGUUAUGACAUUAUGCUGCGCGGUGCAAAACAAGGCAGAAGUGGCGCCACCGGUGCUCAAACUUUUGUGGAUUAUGCUUGGCACUGGCGAGGCACAACGUGGUCAGCAAAUACCUACCGCAGCUCGUGCAUGCUUGCGUUUGUGCGCCGCACAGAGUAUCCUAAAGCUUGCGUCCUGUCACACAUAUAGCCCAUUGGUCUUACCUCGUAUGGGGCGCCUGGCAUACGGACUGCAAGAUGAGUGCUUCCAGGUUCGCACACAGCUAUUGCAUGAUCUGUUGUUACAUCUUACUUGUGAGGACCUCGCACCUGCGUUCCAUGCGAUCAUUUUUCUAGUGGCUUUUGAUCCAGAGAAUGAACUUAGAACUCAGGUUGCUUCGUAUACGCGCCGCUUGCAAGCUCUCCCCGAUUCGUUGCGACAUGAGCGAUUGGAGCGUGUUCUGGUCAGACUUCUUUACGUACUCGCGCACCAUCCUGAUUUCACAACAGAUUCACCCUCGGUCCAAUGCUCGUUUACGAGGUAUGUGGACUUCUACCUUGCGUGCGUCGCGAAUGAAAACAAUAUAAGCCUAUUAGCCAAAUAUGCUGCCAGUGUGCGGACAUAUAUUGAUUUAUCCACACCAGAGCAGACAAUUGAGGCAAGUCGGCCAUUGCAUGCGAUGGCAGAACUUGCUCUGUUUGCGAUUCAACGCUGGGCUGACACCAAGGCUUGGACGUUACACCCUGUGGAUCAGCACAAUGAUGAAACCAGCUCGUCGGUGCCUUGCCCUGUUGAUAUCUUGCAGCGAACAAACUCCGUCGCACCCAGUGCGCUGGACGAACAGGUUUGGGACUUAUUGCAGCAGCAGGCGCAACCAAAGCGCUCGCGUGAAAAGAAGGCCAAAUUAAUUUGA